UGGGCGGAGAAGGUUUGGUCCUACGACGCCACCGUCUCCCGGCGGCUGCGGCAAGCGUCAUGGCGGCGGUUCUCUCAAUGUCAACGGCUCUGAGGCACCUUGUCAUGAGGAGCGGGGUGGCCGCGGUCUGGUUGAUGCCGGCCAGGUCACUGAGCACUUCCACAUGGCGGCUGGCACAGGACCAAACUCGAGACACGCAACUCAUCACAGUUGAUGAAAAAUUGGAUAUCACUGCCUUAACUGGUGUUCCAGAUGAGCACAUCAAAACCAGAAAAGUCCACAUUUUUGUUCCAGCACGUAAUGCAAUGCAAGCAGGAGUUAACAAUACAAAGAAAUGGAAGAUGGAAUUUGAUAACAGGGAGCGCUGGGAGAACCCCUUAAUGGGCUGGGCAUCUACAGCGGAUCCUUUAUCCAACAUGGUUCUUACUUUCUCUACUAAAGAAGAUGCCAUUGCCUUUGCUGAAAAAAAUGGCUGGAGCUAUGAUGUUGAAGAGAAGAAGAUUCCAAAACCUAAAUCCAAGUCUUAUGGUGCAAACUUUUCUUGGAACAAAAGAACCAGGGUGUCUACAAAAUAGGUUGGCAUCGUCUGACUGACUGUGAAUAAAGUCAGCUGUGAUAUAUUUAUAGUCCCAUGUAUAAUACAUCUCUUAAUCUCCUAAUAAAUUUGACCUUUAAACUACA